AUGCAGCACGUAGAUGGGGCACCGCCACGUAGCAAGGUGUGAAGCAUCGCAGUCACCGUUUUUACGGCCAGAAUCUACACCUAUUAAGUGAGGGAUCCACCCGUUUUGCACCAUCCACCUGCAAACGCACAUUCAACAUUCAGCGGCAAAUACCACACACCUCGACUUGGCCGACUCGCAGAGCUCAACCUCUCAGCGCUGCAUUUGAGAACGUACUAACCAUCAUUUUACCUGAUGCCUCGGAAGCAGUGGGUCGCCGACCUGAAGAAGGCCCAGGGAGAUGUUUUACCGCUCGGCGUCUUGGAUGUCAGAGCGGGUGACGAUGACAAUGCGUUCGAGUUCGACUUCUUCGAUGGUAGCCUACGCAACCCAAUCAAGAUCACUGCUAUGAUAUUACCUGACCUGAGUGAUUAUCCGAGCAGUCACGAGUACAUGCUCUUCUGCGGAGAUGACGCUCCGCCACGGCUCGCCACUGCGAUCUCCACGAUCAGCGGCACCGCCCGCAAGGCAGUAUUCGAGCUGCUCGACAUUGUGUCGGCUACGCUUACCUCAGCUUCGACUGCGAAUGACAGCGACGGUGAUACCGAGAUGCCAGACUCACAGCAGGAUUCUCAUAACGAUGAAGACCUGGACGUCGAAGACGGCGACGAUGUGUACGACAGCGACCAUGAAGCAUUCGGGUUUGACGGACCCCGAGACUCAAUUCCAUCAGUCUCUGACACCAACCUUUCCCGACCCAACAGCAUCAACCGGCAUUUUCGAGCUCGUCUUCGCCAAGAUCUGCGCACGGCCAAGGAGGCCGGCUUCAAGGUAGGCCACCUGGGCGGGCUGCUAGACGGCUACAACUCGUUUGUCACUAUUUCUAUACGUAUGUCCAAGCUCGCCAUCUCAGAUGAGGCGCUACAGGCAUGGCACAUGGCUUCGAAUGACUACCUCAUCCUCAUCAUUCAGUACCCAAACGGCUACAAGACCAACGAAGAGCUGCAGAGUUGUGAUAGCCUGCGACUGGCGCCCAAUCUCGGCAUACGCGUAUGCACGGGCAAGAAGUACAAACCGACCCUGCAAGAAGCGAUCAAAGUGUUCACCGCUGCGAAGAAGCAAAGUCAGCGUGACAGUGUGCCACCAGCGGGCCCGCCGACCGCCGACGAAGCAGUCGAGUUCUCACUACGCGAUACAUUCAUAUCGAGGCCACUGAAUGGCUUCCUACAAGAGCGCCUCGUGCCCAUACUUCGCUGGCGAGCCACCGGAAUGGACUGGCGUGGAGCUGAAAGUUGGUACGCAGAGAUGGUCGGCACGUCAGGCUCGAAAAGUAAGCUGGAUGGCAUUCCCGAUCGACACUACGUUCCAGAAGAGCUACCUGCUACGCUACCAGGCAUCGUCAAGGCCGACCACUAUGGCGGGAAUCACACAGAGUACUCUUUCCCGCUGCUUGCAAUGCAGUUUACCCUACGUCAUUUUGUUCGCUGUACGGACUUCUGCCUGGUAUGUCAUCGUCAGCUGGAUACCGAGGUCGAGGCAAUCAAGCCGUACGUUUGCGAUGAGCCGCUGUGUCUGUACCAAUACAUGACACUUGGCUUCGGACCCAGCAUCGAGCACGAGAUCAUCACGCAGCCCUACGUUUGCGAUCUUCUUGUAUCCUUCUGCUACAAUAGCGCUAAUGCGCGAAAGCUCCGAGAGUUUCCUGAUGGGCUGGCGCUGAUGGUGCCACCUCUUGACCUGACCCUGUAUCGCGCUAAUGCCACCCAACCCGAUUACGGCCGCCAUGUACCAGCUGCAAAACCAGCGGAAGUGAACAAGGAGCCAAAACAAUUUGCUGCAUACGAGGUCGGCUUCGACAGAGACAGACAGGAGGUCAUCUUCUUCAAUGUGCCCAAGGAGUGCCCUGUCAGACGCGGAACCUGGAUCGUCGUCAAGGAGCAAGGCUCAGACCACCUUGAGCUGCAUUGUCGCGUAGACGAUGUGACCUUUUAUCCCACUAUUGCCAUCAAUGCGCCGCUGAUGAUUUCUCCUUCAAAAACGAGCGCCGACACCCUGACACCAUCUGCCCCGCUCACAGCAAGGAGUACCGCGCUGACACCCGCGACCACGCCGAAGUGGGCACCUGCCAGCUUCCAGGUCUAUGAGCAAGACUUCGAAGAGCUCGAUCGUGUCGGAAAAUGCAUGUCCAUCAUCAAACUUCUUGAUACCUUGCCAAACGUGAAGUCCAUGCAGGAGUACCUCGCCAAGCACAAACCGGCAGAUCUAAAGUACUGGGUGGGGCGCAUCUCGCCUGCUGCGCUGAGCCUAUUGCGAUGGAUCAUAGCAAGCAACCGUGCCUGCAUCAUGCAAGUGGACGGCGACAGCACGACAUCACAAGAGCGUGUGCACGGUAUGAAGGAUUACAUGCAGUUUCGCUUUGCCAUGGGCGCCCCAGACAAGGAAGAGCGCUUCUUGUCGGCUGUUCGUACCACGACGGAGCGCCUCAACCUGCAGUAUCCGACCAUAUUCGCCUGGCACGGCAGCCCGCUUCACAACUGGCACAUGAUCAUUCGUGAAGGCCUACACUACCGCAACGCAGACCACGGCCGAGCAUAUGGCGAUGGAGUCUACCAUGCCAAAGACGCGCAAACCUCGACCGGUUAUUCUGGCAGAUAUGGCUACGGAGGGCAGCACAGAGAUCUGUGUCAUUGGCCGCAUAGCGUUCUUCGCAUCGAAAGCGCUCUUGCACUGAAUGAGCUGGUCAACGCUCCGGCGGAGUUUCAGAGCAACAAUCCCUACUACGUCGUUCAGCACCUUGACUGGAUUCAGACGCGCUAUCUUUUCGUAAACUGCAAGCCGGAGACCGAUCAAAUCACAAUCCGCGAUGACGGUAAACUGAAGGAUAUCUACCCUCAGGAUCCGCAGCGCACUCCCCGUGGCAUCAGCGACAGCGUAGCGAUUCCCGCCUCUGCGAUCAAGCCCCGAAAGCAAGUCACAAGCAACGACAGCCGGCAGGCCCGCGAGCGAUUCGGAAGCCCAAUGAAGAGGCUGAAAGGCGAUGGCUGGGGCAACCCUAUUGUUCUCGACGACGGCGAUGGCGAUAGCGACGAGACAGACGCGGAGGAUGUUGACAUUCUCUUCGACGAUCCGCCCGAGGGCGCUUACAGUGGCGAUAAUCAGAAAGGUAGCCAGAAGCCCUCGCAGGCGAAGGGUACAGCAACUGACUUCGAGCCCGCGGCGCUCGAUUUCAGCUCGCUGCCGCUCAUGCCGCAGCCGUCCUACGCAAACUCCGCAGCUACAAAGCGUCUAAUGAAGGAGCUGCAAAGCCUGCAGAAAGUGCAAAACGCCACUCCGCUCGGUGAUCUUGGGUGGUAUAUCGACGUCGACAAGGUUGAGAACCCGUACCAGUGGAUUGUCGAGCUGCACUCAUUCCACGUCAUUGAUCCGAACUUACCGCUGGUGGCUGACAUGAAAAAGAACGCAGUCAAGAGUAUCGUGAUGGAGGUCCGCUUCAACAAGGACUUUCCGUUCACGCCGCCGUAUGUCCGUGUCAUCCGUCCUCAGUUCAGGAGCUUGGCGCAAGGCGGGGGUGGUCACGUCGUCAUGGGCGGUGCGAUGUGUAUGCAGCUGCUCACCAACUCGGGAUGGUCAUCAGUCUCCUCGAUGGAGUCGGUGCUGAUGCAAAUCCGUCUCGCGAUCGCAUCUGAUCCGCCCGCUAGGCUUGUUGGGGGUAGAUCUGGUGACUAUGGCAUGGCGGAGGCGGCGGAUGGGUAUGUUCGUGCUUGCAACACGCACGGCUGGACGGUACCGCCGGGCUUCAAAGAGAUGGCGUAUGGAGGUGCGAUUGGUGGAAUUUAAGGCGCUACAGGAUUCCUGUUCAACAAUGCAAAGGGUCUGAAAGGGUGAGCUUGCCAGAACGGUAACGUAAUUCACGAAGAUUGCGAGCGCACCGCAUCCAUGCUGAAUUGACUUGAUGCAACCCUCAGCAUAUGAAGGCGGAAAAGCGUGGCGUUGGAGGCUACAUCACGAACAGCGUGUUGC